UAAAAAAACCGCAGGGGGAAGUCCUACCACUAGCUACGAGUAGCCUGCCUUUGAAAGCAGAGAUGCUUGUGCACCUGACUCUGGGGCAGUUCACUAACAUUUGCAGAAUUUCAGUCCUGCAACAACCUGCAGCAUCUUAAUGUGUUGUGAUUACGAAGACCUGCUAUUUAGUUGGUGUCUGUUGUUAUAUAUACAAGGAACAGUUUCUUGCACACUUUUCUGUCAACAUGACUAAACAGUAUACUUUGAAUAAAAUGGGAGAUUCCCAGGGAAAGAAGCUUCCACAGUACAUAGCUGCAUUGUCUGUGUGCCUUGGAUCUGUGGCUGCGGGAACGGUCCUGGGCUGGACCAGCAACAUAUCAGACAAGCUCAGAAAUUCUGAACUAAACGACAUCUUCAUCGACUUGGACGCCGUGGGAUGGAUAGGUUCCUUUGCCACAAUAGGAGGGAUGCUAAUGUGUUUCCCCAUAGGAUACAUAUGCGAUUUAAUUGGUAGAAAAUGGGGGUGCAUAACGACUGUAGUCCCAUUCACCGUAGGAUGGCUACUUAUUAUUUUUGCGGCCAACACCGGAAUGAUUUACGCCGGGAGGUUUUUGACUGGUUUGGCCGGAGGAGCGUUUUGCGUCGCCGCACCAAUUUACACCAGCGAGAUAGCCCAGAAAGAGAUAAGAGGAACGUUGGGUAGCUUUUUCCAACUUCUCUUGACUUGUGGUAUCUUGUUGAGUUACGUGGCUGGAGCGUAUAUGUCCCCCAGGAAUCUGUCGAUACUGUGCGCGGUAAUCCCCAUUGUUUUCGCGGUGGUUUUCUUUUUCCAACCGGAAACGCCAGUGUAUUUCCUGAAAAAUCAGAAACCCGCAGCUGCCCUGGACUCACUGCAGAGAUUGAGGGGGCCAACGUACAAUUGCGACGAUGAGAUCAAAGAGAUUAAAGAUACUUUGGAUCAAGACGCGAGCAUUAAGGUAUCGUUCUUCGAGGCAAUGCGCACAACGGCUAGUAAGAAGGCUCUCCUCAUAUGUUUCGGCCUUAUGUUCUUUCAACAAAUGAGCGGUGUGAACGCAGUCAUUUUCUACACCAAAGAUAUCUUUGAAUCAUCUGGGUCCACCUUGCCCGCUUCAACGGCAACAAUUAUCGUGGGAGUGAUGCAAGUAAUAGCUACGUUUAUUUCUUCAGUAUCUGUAGACAGAUUUGGUAGAAAGAUCCUAUUGCUGGGUUCUGUACUAUUUAUGAUGCUCUCUGGACUUAUUUUGGGGGUGUUCUUUUCUCUUAAAGACAGAAAUGUGCUAGAUGCAGAUGGAGUAGAUAAAAUAUCAUUCUUGCCAAUAUUGUGUCUUAUAAUUUUCAUUUGUGCGUUUUCCCUGGGUUUUGGACCGAUACCAUGGCUCAUCUCCGCCGAACUGAUGCCUCAAGAGAUUAAGUCAACAGCUUGCUCGGCAGCUGCUACGUUUAACUGGUUGCUUGCUUUUAUCGUUACCAGAUUUUAUGGAAACCUUAGUGAUGCUAUUGGUGGGGAUUCUACUUUUUAUAUAUUCGCCGGUCUUUCGUUGCUGGGUACCCUGUUCGUGUUCUUUGUUGUCCCAGAAACGAAAGGAAAGUCAUAUGCGGAAGUUCAAGCUUUACUUGGCGGUGGUAGUAUCACAGAACCCACAAAUAAGGAUAAUAAGGAUGGCAUCGAUAAUCCAGGUUUCGCGAAUAAUUAGAAAAGAAAAUAUUUUACGGAAUAUGUUUUAGUUGUAUUGCGAUUACUUUUAGAGAAACUGAAACUGUACUAUGGCAUACCUGAGUAAAUUUGUGUAUUUUUUUUAAUUGGGAUAGCUUCUAGAUAUUAUUUAUUCUUAAGCUUGUAAGUGUUUAUUUGGAAGUAAAUAUAAAUACUCUAGUAAAAAUAGUAAGUUAGGUAACAAGUUUAACUGUGAUUUAUGAAUAAAUUGUUAUAUCAGCAGGAAUGUAUAAAGUAUAUACGAUUAAAUUCUAACAGUGCCGAAAAAUUCAUACAAUGAAAUAUUAUACAGGGUGUUUCAGGAUUAAGUCGACAAACUUUAAGGAGAUAUUCCUCAUAAAAAAAUAAGAAAAAAAUC